AUGCUCCUCUUCCUUCUCUUCAUUGGUCUUGUGGCAGCCGCUCCGGCUCCGCAACUCCCGCUUUCCGACUUUAGGGGUCCUUGGACAAUUGGCUAUCGCCGAGUCAAACUGCCUCUCCAAGCGCACCCGGGCUACUGCCUCGGCCUGAGUGCGAAAAACUGGGGCGAGCCUGUCUCGCUGGUUUUUUGCGACUCUGACGACGCCAAGCUCGUCAUGCGCUCCGACAAACUUACGGCCUUUGGUACGAUCCUCCACCACGACUUCUGUCUCGAUGUGACCCAGGGCGAUCCGUCGCUGUACGCCCAGGCAUAUUGGUGCUGGUCGGCGCCUCCGCUGGGUCGGUUCAAACAAAUGCUCAAGGUGCCGGGCCCCGAGCUCUUGUCUGGAGGCGCGUACCCGAGCGCCAAGAUUACAUUUGCCGAUUGCGAUGACUCGGGCGCGGACAGAUACCAGCGCUGGGGGUUCGAGGAGUUUUUCGACGAGUGA